GCUGAACUCUGAGGAGCAGGUGCCAAACCGAAACUACCCGCAUGUAAAUUUAAUAUCCAGUUUUCAAGACAAAGCUCGCACAAAGCAUAACAAGCUUAGAGUUAGAGUGAGCUCUUCCUGUUAUCAAGUUAAAAUAAUUACUGUUAGUAUAGUGACUUAAAAGUGUGAUAUUAUUCACAGAGCCUCUCUUCAGUUGCAGAAGGUGAAGUGAUGCCUCAAAUCACUGCUGGUGUAAUUAUUCAGCUGACACUCCUUCUGUCAGCUCUACCUGCGCAAUAUCUCAUUUCCAAAUGGACAAGUGGGACAGCAGCACAACGUCACAUCGCUACGCAGAGAAUCCUGGAGACAUGGGGAUUCAUGAGAAAAUCCUACUUGAACACAGCAGUUUGGGUCGAGUGGCUCCAUUCUUGGAUUCCUAAACUACCGUUCUUUGAAGAGGAGGCUGACCAACAGCAUGCACUGGAGGAAGCACUUGCGAUCGAGCUGUUAAUGCAUGAUAACAAGCAUGGCUACUUUGCAGUCUCAGGUGAGGCACGAAGUCCCAGGCCAGCAUAUGUGCUGCACCGAGUAGGUCAGGUUGUUAUAGACACACAGAAUCACAUGGUGGGGGUGAUAGUGGGCUGGGAUGCAGGACUCAGAGCUCCCCCAGAGUGGAUCAAGAGAAAGAAAUACACAGACUCAGAGCUGGAGAGGGCCAAGAACACUCCACAUUAUAGAAUUCUUUUCAGCGGACCUGAUUCCUUAUCACUAGUGAUUGGAUACAUUCCUCAGUAUAAUGUGAAGCUCUUCCGUGGCUUUAAGCCGGACAUCCCUACUCUAGAGCAGUAUUUUUCACACUUUGAUGGGGAAAAGUUUGUUAUGGAGGAGUGGUUGCAAGAAAUCUACCCCAAUGACUGAAAGGACAUCAAAAUUUGAGAGUGAAGAAUGUUACAGGUUUAAAAGGAAUCUGCACCUUUUAUUACCCUUCAUUGACAGUGUAAAUUCUUUUAAAACAAUGGAAGCAUUUUAAAUAAGACUUUUGUUCUACCUUAAGUGCCUUUCAGAAGGAUUUAGUAGCUUUUAACAGGGUUGUUGUGUACACUUCUGUUCAUAAUCUUAAAUACAAGGCUACGUAGAAUAUGUAAUUUAUUUUGAGAAUGAUUCUGUCUUGUGGAAUACAUGUACAGUAAAUAUGUUUUGCAGCUUCCUCAGGGCAGUGUUAAAUAUAAAACAAACUACAUUUAAAUUAUAAUUUUAAUUGGGCUUCUAUGUCAGUGAAAAAUGCAAAAGAACUAAAUUAAGUGCUUUUAUAUUAUGCCACUGGAUCAAAAUACAUGCAGAUUGACCUGACUUAAAUUAAUGAAGGAAUGGUUCACAGAAUUAGUAAAUCUUAUUUAGAGUUAUUAAUAGGAUAUAUUUAUUUAAAUAGAAAAUAAUAAAAUAUAAUAAAAAGAUGACAUGUGCUGUGUUUAUGGUGUAAAACAUCAGUAUUGAGAAUGCUAAGUAUUAAACAGUGUUCCAUAAAUACAAUCAUGAACUUUAUUAAAGUUUGUUUAU